AUGGGAGGCGUCUGCAGCUCUAAGCAAGAUCAUACUACACCAGAAACUAGCAAUAUGCUCUAUAGCAAUGAUCCAUUGUUGCACAGUCAUGAGAAAUCAAUAAAUCUACAUGAUUAGAAGCUAAAUAGCUUAUUCGCAAAAUAUUUAACUUGCGUCAAGAUUGCAUAAGAUCCAUAGAAUGACAUCCAAAUUGACAAUAAACUAAGGCAGAGAUUACAAGAUAUUGAUAUCUAAAAGUAAAACGUCGAGGGAUAGAAGUAAACUGUUCAUGAUAAGCUCUCAUAUCUUAAGACUACAUCUCACAAAGCUGAAGAAUUCGGGGCCCUAUAAAAAGAUCUAAGAGACCAAGUCAUCGCAUAUGAGGAACAGAUUUAGUAGUUUGAUAGCAAAUUGAGACACCUUAAGCAAAAUUGGGAUUAAAGUCUUGUUAUGGAGCAGGUCAGAGUACAUAUUAUGGCAAAAAUGAAGACUAAUUUAGAGAAGACUUCUAAAAAGUUAGGAUAGGUAAAGGAAUUGGUGGACAGAGAGUAAAAUGACAUUGACCACUUUCAAGCACUUCUCUCGGUGCUUCAGCAAUACGAAGAAUUUCAGUCUUAGUAUCAAACUAUCUUCCAGAUCAUAAACUAGCUGCUAGAGUAAGAUAGAAGCGAAUUGGAUGUCAUAAAAGCUGAUAUUUAAAAAUCAAAUUAAACUUAACAGCAAUAUUUACACGCUCUUAACGAUUCUCUAACCCAGUCCUCAGAAUUUGAAAAUCUUUCAUAACUUGCUUCCUCCAUUAACACUCUUAAAUAAUCCUUGACCAAGAAUACUGUUCAACUUGAAGCUAGUUAUAACAACAGAAAGUUUGUAUUAGAACUUUUAGGAGACUUUGGAGUGAGUAAUACAAUCAAGGUAUUCGAAGAAGAAAAUAAAAAGCAUUUUGAUGAGCUCCUUAAUAGACUAGAGGGGAAUCCUCAAGCAUAUAAAAAGGCUUUAUAGCUGCAGAUGAUCACUGAAACAGAUGAAUAAGGAGUAGAAGCGCUAAAAUAAGUUGAAGCAGAAGUCGAUGAGAUAAUCUAAGAGACAAGCGAGGUAAAACAAGACAUUGAAAAAUUGAGAAGUUAACUUAGCGAGUUGUUAGAAUAAUAAACAUAAUAUAUGGAGGGGGAAUCCAUUAACCUAGGCAAGUUGCAUGAUUUGUUAUAGUCUUAUAAAUCUCUCAAAGAAAAGUAGCACGAGUUAUUUGACGAUCUGUAUGCAAUAGAAAAGGACUUAGAGAUCAAGAAAAUAGAAGCAGCUUCUGGGAAUACUCUCACCAAACUUAAUGACUUUAGAAUAUAAAUAGAGCGGUAACUUGCAUAAUUAGAUAAAAAUCAAGAAAUUUCUGACCUUCAAGAUGCAAUCAUCAAUGAUUUGCUGGUUUUAUUUGCUAACUCAGCUGAUUGCGUCCUUAACAAGAUAUCUGUGGGCGUUCUUAACUUGCUCAAAGCUUAAGUUGACAUUGAGCAUGAGAAUUAAAUCAGAGAUUAGAUUGGGCAAGCUGAAUAGAAAGUAAACGAUCUCUUGCUUUUUUGGGAUGAUCAGAUAAAAUCAGGAAAUGCAUUGUCUAACCCUGAAGAUGCAUAAUUCUUACUUACAGAGUUAUAAGCUGUCCAAGUGUAACUUCAAUAAACCGAGCUACAGGUGGAGCACUGUGUAUUAAAAGUAUAUCACAACAGGACAAGACUCAAUGGAUUCGUGCUUACCUUGGGCUAAUUCUUCACCAAAACCUUAGACGUACAUGUGCAACUUUUCAGAAUUAUACUUAAGUAUUCGAAGAAUUAUCAAAAUUAGUACUAAAUCGAUGAAAAAGUCAAGGAUCAAAUAAAACUUAGAUAAGUUUUAUUAAGCGCUCUUUAAUAAGAUGAGGAUCCUAAUUCUAAUGCAAAGAAUACAUUGGCAUUGAUAUCAUAGAUUAUAAAGAGUUAAAAAGAAAUUUUUGGAAAAUUUCCCAAAUAGAUCUCAUAAAUCUACGAUAUUAAUGAAAAUGGCAGGCAUUCUCUAAUUUGGGGAUAGGAUUCAGAUAAAUUAGUUGUUAUUGAUGGAGUGAAGGAAGAAAGAGAUAAAGUAGAAAUUAAGGAAGUGACAUUCGUGGUCAGUGAUAGCACUAAUCCUGCUCAACAAGCUCUCUAAGCAAUAUAACUCGAUAACCCAAAAUCUAAAUAUUUAUCAAUUUAAUUCAAAGACUUGCAAACAAUAAUAAUAGGAGGAUAGUUCGAGUAUGGUGUGAAAGUAAUCGAAGACUAAUUAUGCAUUAAAUAUGGAGGUGGUUUUAUGCUAUUCAAUGAGUUCGUCAACAGUUAAUACCUAGAUCUUAUCAGCAAGCAAAAUUGGAUGAGUAAGGAGAUCAAGCAGAUUAUGCUUGAUCUGAUAGCUUUCGCAUAAGCUUUCUCCCUUGCCUUAUAAGAUGAUUAAUGA